AUGAGUGAUAUUCCAUUAGAUAUAUAUUCGCAACCUAGUGAUGAUAUAUCGUCAAAUUUAAAUGGUUCUACAAUAGUAGAAGAAAAUGUUCCAUUAAAUACAUCUAUAGCGGCAGGUUUAGCUAUUAAUAUUACACCUUCAGCUGAAUUUGCAACAGUAUCUGUAGAGAAAGCAGUUAGUAAAUUAAAUACAGAUGGGACAUCAGGUAUCUCUAGUGUGGAAGAAGUAGACCGUCGUAGAGAACUUCAUGGAACAAAUGAAGUAAAUUCAGAUGAUGACGAUGAUAAUAAUGGGAAACUUGGUUUACUUAAAAGAUUUUUAAGUGGAUUUAUUGAAGAUAGAUUAAUCCUUUUAUUAAUUGGAUCUGCUAUAGUUUCAGCUAUACUUCACAAUGUUGGUGAUGCAAUUAGUAUAACUGCAGCUGUUAUUAUAGUUAUGUUAGUUGGUUUCAUUCAAGAAUAUAAAUCUGAAAAAUCUAUUGAAGCUUUGAAUAAAUUAGUCCCUGCAAUGUGUCAUCUUGUUAGAUUUGGUAGAGAAUCACAUGUAUUGGCAGCUACUUUAGUACCAGGUGAUAUUGUAGUAUUUCGUGUAGGUGAUAGAAUUCCAGCCGAUUUAAGAAUUAUUGAUAGUGUAGAUUUAUCAUUAGAUGAAAGUAGUCUUACUGGUGAACCAGAUCCAGUUCAUAAAUCUUCAGAUCCAGUACCUGAAAAUCCUACAGGAAUUAUUCCAAUAUCUGAUAGACAUUGUAUAGCAUUUAUGGGUACUUUAGUCAAAGAAGGUCAUGGUAGAGGUUUAGUUGUAGCUACUGGUAAAAAAACUGCAUUUGGUUCAAUUUUUGAAAUGAUGAGUACAGUAGAUAAACCAAAGACACCAUUACAAACUGCAAUGGAUCGUCUUGGGAAAGAACUUUCCUUAUUUAGUUUUGUGGUCAUUGGUAUAAUUUGUAUUAUUGGAAUAUGGCAAGGAAGAUCAUGGUUAGAUAUGUUUCAAAUUUCAGUAUCCUUAGCUGUUGCUGCAAUUCCUGAAGGUUUACCAAUUAUUGUUACAGUAACGUUAGCAUUAGGUGUAUUAAGAAUGGCUAAGAGAAAAGCAAUUGUAAGAAGAUUACCUAGUGUGGAAACUUUGGGAUCCGUCAAUGUUAUUUGUACAGAUAAAACUGGGACAUUGACAGCUAAUCAUAUGACUGUAUCCAAGAUGUGGUGUUUAUCAAGUAUGUCUACAAAAGAAAAUAUUUUAAAUGUAGGCUCCACUACAGAUUUGAGAAAUUAUCUGGCGUAUGAUGUAAAGAGAACUCUAGAGAUUGGUUCUCUUUGUAAUAAUGCAACUUUCUCAGUGGAACAUUCUAAAUUUUUAGGUAAUCCUACAGAUAUUGCAAUAUUGGAAGAAUUGACGAAAUUCGGUUUGAUAGAUGAAAGAGAUAAUUAUAUUAAGAUGAAAGAAAUUUCAUUCAAUUCAAAAAGAAAAUUUAUGGCUGUGGGACUUAAACAAGAAAAACAUGAUGAUAAAGAAACAUCAUUAAUGUGUGUAAAAGGUGCAUUUGAAGUCAUUCUAAGCCGUUCAACAAAUUAUUUAACAGAAGAUGGUAAGAUCAAUAAAUUGACGGAAAAGAAUAGAGAAACUAUUAUUGAAUGUGCUAAUCAUUUAGCAUCAGAUGGUCUAAGAGUUCUUGCUUUUGCUAGUAGACCAUGUCAAGGUGAUGAUGAUUUUACAAAAUUUUCAGAAGAUGAUAUUGAUGAUUUAACAUUCACUGGCCUAAUUGGUAUGAGAGAUCCACCUCGUGCCACCGUCAAACCAGCUAUCAAAAAAUUGUUACAAGGUGGCGUUCAUAUUAUUAUGAUAACUGGUGAUUCCCCAAAUACCGCAGUUAGUAUUGCUAAGCAAAUUGGUAUUCCUGUCGUUGAUCAAGAAACUAGUGUCUUGACAGGUGAUAAACUGAAGACAAUGACUAAUGAGCAAUUAGCUAAUGUGAUCAAUCAUGUAAACAUUUUUGCCCGUGCUACUCCAGAAGAUAAAUUGAAUAUUGUUCAAGCUUUGAAAAAAAGAGGUGAUGUAGUGGCUAUGACAGGUGACGGUGUUAAUGAUGCACCAGCAUUAAAAUUAGCUGAUAUUGGUAUCUCUAUGGGUAUUAUUGGUACAGAUGUAGCUAAAGAAGCAUCUGAUAUGAUUUUAACUGAUGAUGAUUUCAGUACUAUUCUAACUGCUGUAGAAGAAGGUAAAGGUAUUUUUAAUAAUAUUCAAAAUUUUUUAACAUUCCAAUUAUCAACGUCUAUUGCAGCACUUUCUAUGAUAGCACUUGCCACUGCAUUUAACUUACCAAAUCCAUUGAACGCUAUGCAAAUUCUUUGGAUUAAUAUUCUUAUGGAUGGUCCUCCUGCCCAAUCUUUAGGGGUAGAACCUGUUGAUCAUGAAGUAAUGAAGAAACCACCUAGAUCCCGCUCUGAAAGAAUUUUAACUAUGGGAGUGUUGGGUCGUAUUUUAGGAACUGCUUUUUGUAUUAUAUUGGGAACUGUGUUCAUUUGUGUUAAAGAAAUGAGUACAAACGGUGAGAUGUCUGCAAGAGAUACCACAAUGACAUUUACAUGUUUUGUAUUUUUUGACAUGUUCAAUGCCUUGGCUUGUAGACAUUCUACAAAAUCAAUUUUUCAGAUUGGUAUUUUUUCUAAUACUAUGUUCAAUUUAUCUGUUGGUCUUUCGUUAGUUGCUCAGUUAUGUGUAAUAUAUGUUCCAGUUUUGCAGCACAUUUUUAAGACAGAAAAUUUGAGUGCAUUCGAUCUUCUAUUACUAACUUGUUUGGGUAGUACAGUUUUCGUAGUUGAUGAAUUGCGUAAGUUUAUUGUAAACCAAUACUUAACGAACUACGUCGAAGAAGAAAAUCGUUACGCUACAAUGGUUUGA